GUAGACUGGCCAGUGAUCAGGCAGGAACAGAGAUCCGGAGAGGAGGAGUGGUGUGUUUUGGAGCUGUUUAUACUGAAAUCGAGCUGCGUCCUGUUCCAUCAUGAGCGUCCCGGACUACAUGCAGUGUGCAGAAGAUCACCAGACGGUGCUGGUGGUGGUGCAGCCGGUGGGCAUCGUGCCGGAGGACCAGUUCUUUCGUAUUUAUAAGCGGAUCUCAAGCGUGAACCAGGUGACGGUGCGCGACUCCCAGAGAGCGCUCUUCAUCCGCUACCGUCACCACUACCCACCGGAGAACAACGAGUGGGGCGACUUCCAGACGCACCGUAAGGUGGUGGGUCUGAUCUCGGUCACCAGCUGCUCCACGGCUAAAGAAUGGCCUCAGACGUCCGAGCGCUUCCACGGGCAGAAGGAGCUGUUCGGCUCCACACUGUACGACUCGCGCCUGCUGGUGUUCGGCCUGCAGGGGGAGAUCGCCGAGCAGCAGCGCACCGACGUGGCCUUCUACCCCAGCUACGACGACUGCCCCGACGUGGAGAAGAGGGUGGAGGACUUCGUGGAGUCCAUCUUCAUCGUGCUGGAGUCUAAGAGACUGGACCGGGCCACUGAUAAAUCCGGUGAUAAAAUCCCGCUCCUGUGUGUUCCCUUCGAGAAGAAGGACUUCGUUGGGUUGGACACGGACAGCAGGCACUAUAAGAAGCGCUGUCAGGGCCGGAUGAGGAAGCAUGUUGGGGACCUGUGUUUGCAGGCAGGCAUGCUGCAGGACGCCCUGGUCCAUUACCACAUGGCUGUAGAGCUUCUCCGCUCCGUCAACGACUUCCUCUGGCUGGGAGCUGCUCUGGAGGGUCUGUGCUCGGCCUCAGUGAUCUUCCAUUACCCAGGAGGAACAGCGGGAAAGAGCAGCGCUCGAAAACCCAGUAUCUCCACAGCUACAGAUACGGGGAAGAGGCAUCGGCCAGGGGCUCAGGAGGUUCUCAUUGACCCAGGCGCUCUGACCACCAGUGGAAUCAGUGCAGACACCAGCAGUGAGAUCGGACGGGCUAAGAACUGCCUGAGUCAGGAGGACAUCAUCGAGAAAUACAAAGAGGCCAUUUCCUACUACGGGAAGUAUAAGAACGCUGGGGUGAUCGAGUUGGAGGCGUGUGUGAAGGCAGUGCGAGUUCUGGCCAUUCAGAAGAGAGCUAUGGAGGCUUCAGAGUUCCUGCAGAACGCCGUCUACAUCAACCUGGGACAGCUCUCUGAAGAGGAGAAGAUCCAGCGCUACAGUGUUCUGUCGGAGCUGUACGAACUGAUCGGUUUCCAUCGUAAAUCUGCUUUCUUUAAGCGAGUGGCGGCCAUGCAGUGUGUGGCUCCAACCAUUCCUGACCCGGGCUGGAAGGCCUGCUAUAGGCUGCUGCUGGAAACUCUGCCCGGAUACAGCCUCUCCCUCGACCCCAAAGACUUCAGCAAAGGUACUCACCGUGGCUGGGCUGCAGUACAGAUGCGGUUGCUGCAUGAGCUAGUGUAUGCGUCUCGUCGAAUGGGGAACCCCGGCCUCUCCGUGCGUCACCUGUCCUUCCUGCUGCAGACCAUGCUGGACUUCCUGUCUGACCAAGAGAAAAAGGAGGUGACCCAGAGUCUGGAGAACUACACGUCCAAGUGUCCAGGAGGAAUGAACGUCAUCACACUUCCAGACGGACUCAAACUGCCCCCGGUUCCCUUCACCAAACUGCCCAUCGUCAAGUCUGUGUCUCUGCUGAAUCUUCCCGCGAGUCUCCGCCCUCAUAAAGUGAAGGGUCUCCCCGGACAGGGCGUGGCCACAGCGAGCCCCUUCAUCUACUCCCCCAUCACCCUGCACAGCAGAGGAGACGAGCGCAACAAAAAGAUCGAUUUUCAGUGGGUGCAGGGAGAUGUGUGUGAAGUGCAGUUGAUGGUAUACAACCCCAUGCCCUUCGAACUUCGUGUUGAGAACAUGGGUCUGCUGACGUCUGGAGUGGAGUUUGAGUCCCUUCCCGCCGCUCUCUCUCUACCUGCUGAGUCCGGACUCUAUCCUGUUACUCUGGUGGGCGUCCCGCGGACCGCCGGCAACAUCACAGUCAACGGAUACCACACGUCGGUGUUUGGUGUGAGCAGUGACUGUCUGCUAGAGAGUCUGGUGGGGGUGAAGUCGAGCGGCUGUGCGGUGGAGGUAGUGCCGUCCCUCCCACGCCUCCAGCUCAGCACAUCACUACCACGGUCUGCGCGUGUAUGUGGUGAGGAUCUAUCCAGUAGUGUGUGUCUGCAGCUCUUCAAUGGAGAAACUCAGCAGCUCAUCAUCACUCUGGAGAACAUCGGCUCUGAAACCCUCAACACACUGGAGCUGUCCUCCAAAACCCUCACCACUAAAGAGAAGUUAUUUGGGGAGUUUUUGAGCUGGGACCUGCAGGACGCGCUGUCUCAUCUCCCUCUGAAACCAGGCCAGGCUGUAACAGUUCCCAUCAACAUCCAGGCCAAACUGGACUUCUCUGGUCAGGAGAACCUGCUGCAGGAUCUCAAUGAUGAUGGAAUCAGUGUGACUGGAUUACCGAUCUCCAGCCCUCUGAGGCAGGUCCUAAAGCCCCGCCCUGAAAAUAAACAAGUCAACACAGACGCCAACAAGAGCGAAUACAACCACGUGAAGGUAGGACUGAUACCACUUCAACCAUAAACUAAUACACACACA